AUGUCGUUGUAUCCAAAUAUCAAAGAAUCUAGUAGUGAAUCAAAUGAAGAAACUGAUUUCAUGAAUUUAUUAUCGAGAGAGAUUGAUACAUCGAAUCCAGAUUUAGUUACAAUUUUUUCACAAUUACAAAAACAUCCAAACUCAAUUUCACACUUGAAAUCAUUUAUUCUUGCUCUACUAAGAACCAAAUCUUUAAGCGGAAUAACAGAACGUCUUGCAUCAUACUUAAUUAGCCAUGUCACAUUACUUGAAGCAAUUUCACACAACGUUGAACUUGCCAGUCUAUUUUUAAUCAGCGAAAACGGCAAACAAACAUUCACAUCCGUACACAAAGCAUUUCUUAAAGAACAAGCAUCACGAACUCGCGUUUUUUUGCAAGAAAACGGAUUCGAUAACGUAUCUAAUUCAAACCAUUUAAGCGACUACAAAUACUAUAUAUCUCAAAUCGAUAGCAUAGAUGAAAGAUUGUCGGAACUUGAUAUCAUUGCAAAAGAUGCAUUCAAGAGUAAAAAUGUCAAUUCAUUAAAGAAUGCAUUCAAAGAAGUCUAUUCUCUUUUAGCAGGAUGCAUGAUAUUCAAUGAUGUUGUUCUUCGAAACCAGUCAAGUAUGUCAUCAGACUCACUGAGAAUGAUUCAUAAUGCAUUUCCAGAUUCACCACAAGAUACGAAUGAGUUCAUUAAAUGGAUCAAGCAACUCAUUGAAGAACGUGAUUCAUCAAUUAAAAACAUUAAAACAUUCAACAUUGAACAAUCCAAAAUGUAUGAAAAGAUUAACAAUCUUGAAACCGAGUUACAAACAAAAACUAAACGCACAAAGAUCUCAACCAAUGAUUUCGAAGAAACUCAUGAAGCUCUAGUCCAGAAAGUUUCAGAUCUGCAACAUCAACUUAAUGAUUUUCAUCAACAAUUUGGUAAUAAAGAUACAGAGAGCGUUGAACUCCAACGUUUAAGGAAUAAGUUCCAAAAGAAUGAACGAGAAAACAAUAUCAAUUUUAAGUCGUUAGAAUCCGAAAAUUCAUCUCUUCGUUCUAAGAUCGACGAUCUUCUUCAAAAACUGAGUAAGAAAGAAUCUAAAAUUUCUAUCCUCAAAUCCAAGAUCGAACAAUUUUCAGUCAAAUCAGAAGAUGCAAUCAGUUCUGAAAAGCAAACGCGAUAUGAAAUUUCCGAUCUUCAACGGUUAUACAACAGUACAUCAUCUUCACUCUUUAAAGAGCAAGAAAAAUCACGAUUUUUAACAAAUCAAGUUGAACGCUUGCAAAAAGAACUUGAUAAUGUUGUUCAAGAAAACAAAGAACUCAGAUCUUUACUUGAGCGAUCCAAACAAAGUGUUCAAGAACAGAUGGAAGAAAACACUAUCUUGUUAAAGCAGAUGCGUCGUGAUUCUCAAUCUAAUUCGAAAGAAACAAUUGAAAACUUGACAAACAAAGUAUCCAAACUUAAAUACGAACUUUGUCAAUCUAAAAAGUUUAUUUGCAAACUCCAAAAACAAAUUGAAGAUUUCCGAAAGAAACAUCGUGACUGUCAUGAAGAAAGCACAACUUAUCAUCACAAAUCAUCUAAAAGUACCAAAGAAAACCAAGAUUAUAAAGAACAUAUUUCAUACAAAAAACACAAAAAUGUUCAAAUUCUUGACUCAUCAUCAUGUUAUUCAUCCAAUUCAUUUGAAUUCGAGAGUAACUCUAAUGUAAGUGAUUUAGAUAAAGAAAUUGAGAAGUUAGAGAAGAAUGUUAAAAUUUCACGAAAGAUCCUUCAAGAAAACACAAAAUUUUCUAAAUGA